AUGACGAGUGAAGAAGUGACAUACGCAGACCUGAGGUUCAUGACACUGGAAAAAUACCGGGAUCAGGAGCUCCAAACCACGAGAGCAAAAGAUUCCCCCAGUCCGUCUUCCUGCUGGCGACCAGCUACAGUGGUGCUUGGGGUCUUCUGCCUAAGUUCAGUGGUAGCUGCAGGAAUCUUGGCUGCCAGGUUCAUCCUGGUCUGCCACCUUGUGUGUGAAAGGGAUGAAAACUUCACCUUGCAAAAGGCAAUUGUGGAAAGCCUCAACCAGCAGCUGGAGCUCCUCCAGGCUCAGAAUUUGAACUUGACAGAGACUGUAAAGCAACUUGCCACCUCCAGAGGACAUAAAUGCAUUCCUUGUCCUGAGAACUUGCUACAGUAUGGGGAGGACUGCUACUACUUUUCAAAGGAAUGGAAGACUUGGCAAGAAAGCAAGGCUCAAUGCUCUGCUCUGGAUUCCAGACUUCUUAAGAUAGAGAGUAAGGAAGAGCUGGACUUCAUAAUGCGAUCAGCACAGUCUUACAGUUCUUACUCUUUCUGGAUUGGGCUGUCUCGCAAUGGAGCUGAGGGGCCCUGGCUGUGGGAGGAUGGAUCAGCUCUCUCCCCUGAUCU